UUAGCCAAAUUAUACAUGAUAUAUAAUAAUAAUAGAGAAAAGAAAAGAAAAAGAAAAGAAAAGUGUGAGCUUCUAGAAACGGUUGACUUUUUUAAGAUCACUACAGCAGAUAAAAGAAAUGGCUUACUGCAUCCCAAAAUCUCCAUUGCAGCUCUGCAAGACCAGAAAAUGUCUACACCCACAAAGCUUAAGAGCUUCUGCUCUCUUGCAAUGGCUGCUCUCUUCGCUUACUCUGCAUCUGUACAGUUAAAUGACCAUGAUUGGUAUUUUUGGCUUCCCCUCUAUUCUGGAGCAAGUAUUGUGAAUCUUGUGAGCUGGGUCAUCUCCUCCAAACCAAUCAACCAUCUGGGUGAGGCUGUAUUAUGCCUUGGAAUCUUUCUGUUUAUAAAGGUUGUAAUGGAAGAUAUUGGGGAUGGUAUAAGUGGGUUCUGGUCAAUGGAUUUGAGUGAAAGAGUUAUUAGAGAGAAAAUUGGAAGUGGGUUAGUUGUUAUCUCAAUGAUUUUGCAGUUGAUAGCGUCAUCAUCAUCAACACAAUCUCCACAAGUUUCAAUGAAAAGACAGAGAAAUAGUUACCCAAGAUAUGUUGAAUAUGGAAUGGCAUUUUUGGUGGGCUUCAGUUAUGGCCUUCCUUUUGUUUUCUUUGUGCUCCAGAGAGGUGAAAUGAAGUUUUGAUCAUUGUCGUUUUUCUUACAUAUGUUGUCGUUUCUAAAUUGUGGUAUGCAAUGUAUUAGUAUUGUCGUUUUGAGAGAUAAUGGCAUGCCAUUAGUGUAAUUCAGAUCAGACUUUUUGACACAUGAUAUGACACGAAAAAAUAUAAAUUUGGGUUUGGCACCAUGA